AUGGAGGCUUUGAGUCUCACGUUGGUGGGACUUGGAAUUGGCCCGAGGAUGUACAAUGUCCAGCGGCUUCAAUUUGGAGGGCGUUCAAACGGUGCGGUUAUGGAGGGCUUCGCGGUAGAGCCCGAGGUCGAAGAAAGUGCCGCCUCUCCCAAGCACUUUGACUUGUCAGCAGAGGAUAACGAGACAGAGAAAGAGAACGGCGCCGAGUCGGAGCGCGCUUCCAGCUUUGAGCAGGCGUUCACAGACCCGGUUGCUGCGGGCUCGGCGAAUGAGAGCGGCCCAGGCCUGGAGCAGAUCCACGCAAGGCUGAAGUUCCUAAGCGCGGAUGAUCAGAAGACGGUUUGCCGCCGCGAGUGCCAGCUCGCCCAGCAGAAGCAGGAGGCCUUGGCCAGGCAGCUCCAGGCAACCAUCGCCAGAUACCAUCGAGUGAUUACUACUCACCGGGCAGUCGCUGCCAUUGGACCAGCAGAAGCAGAUGAAGAGGUUCUUCAGAAGUACCAGGAGCGGCAGGCCCAGCUCCAGGGGCUGUUUGGGCGCCUGGAGCCGACCUUGUCGCUGCCGCGGCUCACGCCGCUCGAGCGUGCAAAGGGCUUCGCUUUCUCCUCGUAUGCCACCACGGCAGCGGCCGCCAACAAGCUCAAGGACCAGCUGGGCCAAGACGGGCCCGCCCCUGUCUUGGAGUCUGCACGCUCCGCGUUCACUUCCUUCGCUUCGAGACUGUCGCGACGAGGCUACGCCGAGCCUGCUUGAUGCAAGGAGUGGAGAAAAGCUUAUCGCCUGCUGGAGCAAAGGCUACAUGGGCUUGGACU